UGCCAUCUGCGUGAUGGUCGUGAAACUACGGGCCAGGUGGUUUCCAGACUUAGGCUUGCUGGCGCGUUUUCGCGCCUUUCGAAAGUUUUCACGCUUGAGCGUUUAUGUUGUGCACUUCUCUAAGCACAGUGUGUGCCCGUGCACGCAAUUUCUGCUGCUGGGAGUCAUUUACAUCGCAGUUUUGAGAUGUUCAGUGCCAAAAUCAACUGACCGGCCAGCGGAUUCUACGGAGAAGUGUCACGGCGUCGGACGACUGCGAGGUACGCUGAGCAGUUUCGGUCACAGUUUCCCGCUCCCUGUCGCUCAAAAUGAGCAAGUCCAAAGAAGCGGUAGUCGAAAAGGCGAUUCUCGACUACGUCAAGGCUCAAAACCGGCCCUACAGCUCGAACGACAUCUUCAACAACCUUCACAAGGAACACGGAAAGACGGCCGUAGUGCGUGCGCUCGAGCAACUCGCUCAGGACGACAAGAUCAAAGAGAAGACUUAUGGAAAGCAGAAGAUAUACUUUGCCAACCAGGAUGAAUUCCCCGACGUCGCAGAGGCCGAGCUGUCAGCCAUGGACCAAGAGAUCGCCGACCUCAACGUCAAGCACCAAGAGCUCACGAGACAGCUGCAGGCCAGAGAAUCGCAGCUGAGCGCGUUGAGCCAGAGCUUGACUACGGAAGAACUUACCGAGAAGAUAGCGUCCACUACCGCGGAAAGGGAUAAAUUAAAAGCGAGGCUUGAUAAGCUCACCUCUAACACAAACUACGUCGAGCCGGAAGUGAAGGACCGCAUUUUGAAAGACAACGAGAAGUUCGUCAAGGAAUGGCGCAAGAGAAAGCGCUUGGCGAAUGACAUCAUCGAUGCCAUUCUUGAAGGCUACCCUAAGGGAAAGAAAGCCCUCCUUGAAGAAACCGGUGUAGAGACUGACGAGGACGUCAAUGUGUCUAUGCCAAAGUAGUCGAGAAACUUGUGUAUGCAGUGUUGAAGUUGUUUCCUUAAAUAUUUAUUUCAUGUUGGUGUACUACAAUGCAUUUAAUUAAAGACAAUCCGUGCUCACACGAGGGCGUCAGUGUGUCUAUGCCAAGGUGG